UAUACCAACGACAAAUACAUCAAAAAUAAAAGUGAUCGAGGGAGAUACCCUGGAAUUAAACUGUUUUGCUACUGGCAAUCCAACACCCAAUGUCUCGUGGAUAAGAAUGCCUCUAGGCAAUAUCAUGAGUGAAGGAGAAGGAAAAGCUACACUAAGGAUAAACAAUAUCACAGCACAUCAAAGUGGAGGAUAUGAAUGUCGCGCUAGUAACAACCCAAACGAGGAACCUGUGACAAUGGAAACCGUAACAGUUGUGUUGUUUAAGCCACAGAUUGACAUUGAUAAAUUCACUAGGACAACUGGGUCUUUAAUAGGGAAAAAUAUAAGUCUACACUGUAUAGCAACAGGACAACCUCUUCCACGAAUCACAUGGUAUGGUCCACGUGAAGGCCAGAUUGUUUCAGCAAUAGAUUACAAAACAAAAAAAAGCGUGUUGACUUUCGUAACCAAAGGUAGCAAUGAUUAUGGACAAUACAGAUGUCAAGCAGAAAAUGAAGUUGGGGAAGAUGAACAUUUUAUUAACGUCACGCAAUUGAGUAAGGAAGUAUUUAUCUAUAAAUAUUUACUAGUGAUGGUUUAAUAUACAUUCAAAUAAUUUUG